CAAAGAUUUCCAAACAACGUCAAGUAACCAACAACUGCAAUGUGGAGUGGGGUGGCAUACACUACAAGGUAACACAAUUCAUUACGGGCUCUCAGCCUGUUGAAUCUCUGACACUCUGGCAGCCUCAAUACCAUUCUAGGAGCUAAUGCAGAAUCUACCUUUCUCUCUAGAGCAGUAUUCCACCUCUCUGUGACAAAGUCAACAACCACACUCCCAAAGUUUUCCAAGAGAAGGGAAAGGAGUAGAGGAGGCAAAAUAGGUUGCCAAUACCACUCAGGCACACACUGCAUAGACUAGCCACCAUAUUAAACAGCAGGUCACCCAAAACAACUUUAAAAUCACACCAGCUCCGAUGCUAUUAAGACCAGAAGCCUCCUGAGACACCUGACGUAAUAGUUCUUGAGGGCAUCUGUUGUGGGUUCUCUCUCAUUCCUUCCCUCAUCCCCAGUCUUCUGUUGCUUUUCUGGCCCUCUCCUUUCCACAUUUUCUGUCUUUCGUCCAGCACUGGCACUGCAAGCCCGUGAAUUAAAACAGCACGUGGUAGCCUGACCUUUCCUGGGCUAAUGAAAGCAUUAAGCCUCGGUCCCUCGAAGUGUUAAAAGUUCCUGUAACCAAGUAAUCUCAAAAGUGCUUUUCAGCGCCAUGCUUCUAAAGGGAACCUGACAAGGUGCAGCGGUGGCUCAGGUAUCGGACCCUGACCUCACCACACCUGAAUAUAAGUCACAGGAGAUGGAACCACUGGAAAAUAUGAGAGAGCCGAGCAGUAGGACGAAGCCCAGACUAAGCAAACUCAGGCGCGCAAGCGCGUUGCUCAGAGCCUCUCCCGGCUACAUCACGGCGCCUGCGCACAGAGGCCAGGCGGGCCUGGGGGCGGGCAGAGCGCGGCGGCCCAUCCUGCCUACCAGCUCCACCCCGCGCAGCCUGCGAGCCUGCCUCCUCCAGCUGCUCGCCGUCCCAAACAACUGGGGGAGCCGCCAGCGCUCUGCGCCCAUUGGCUCUUGGCCUUUCCGUUUCCGCCCAACCCUCCACAGUCCACCAAUCAUCUGUGCGUCUGGAUAUGGGCCGUCCCCGAGGCCGUCGCUUCGGAUCCUCUGCCUCCUGCGGCCGCUGCCUCCGCUGCUGCCUCCUCCUUCACACCUCCUCCGUCAGGCGGCGUCUGCGGGGGGCCCGAGGGGCGGUGGCGGCGGCGGCGGCGUUAUGGAGCCGGGGGCCGGCGGCCGAGGCACUGUCCGCGGGCACGGGGCCGGUCCUCCUGGCACUCCGCCACCCCAGGAGCAGGAGAGGAAGCUGGAGCAGGAGAAGCUCUCCGGAGUGGUGAAGAGCGUCCACCGGCGGCUCCGCAAGAAGUACCGGGAAGUGGGAGAUUUUGAUAAGAUCUGGCGAGAACAUUGUGAGGACGAGGAAACACUUUGUGAAUAUGCUGUUGCAAUGAAAAAUUUGGCAGAUAAUCAUUGGGCCAAAACUUGUGAAGGCGAAGGUCGUAUUGAAUGGUGUUGUAGUGUAUGCAGAGAAUAUUUCCAAAAUGGUGGGAAGAGAAAAGCACUUGAAAAAGAUGAAAAAAGAGCUGUACUCACUUCUAAGACCACUCCAGCCUUAAGUACACAUGAGUCUUCUAAACUUGACGGUCAUUUAACCAACCUCAGCUUUACAAACCCUGAAUUUAUAAAUGAGUUGCUACAGACCUCAGGAAAGAUCAGAUUACUUGAUGUUGGCAGCUGCUUUAACCCAUUUCUGAAGUUUGAAGAAUUUCUAACUGUUGGCAUAGACAUUGUACCUGCUGUAGAGAGUGUAUAUAAAUGUGACUUCCUGAACUUGCAGCUUCAGCAACCACUCCAGCUUGCACAGGAUGCUAUAGAUGCCUUUUUGAAGCAGCUGAAAAACCCUAUUGAUUCUCUUCCUGGAGAACUUUUCCAUGUGGUUGUUUUCUCUCUCCUUCUUUCUUAUUUUCCAUCACCUUACCAGCGAUGGAUUUGCUGCAAGAAAGCCCAUGAACUGUUAGUGUUAAAUGGUUUAUUGCUUAUCAUCACACCUGAUUCCUCCCAUCAGAACCGUCAUGCUAUGAUGAUGAAAAGCUGGAAGAUUGCUAUAGAGUCCCUGGGCUUUAAACGUUUCAAGUAUUCAAAAUUUUCACAUAUGCAUCUGAUGGCAUUUAGAAAAAUCUCCCUAAAAACCACAAGUGACUUGGUUAGUAGGAACUACCCAGGGAUGUUAUAUAUCCCUCAAGAUUUCAACAGUAUAGAAGAUGAGGAAUAUUCUAACCCUUCCUGCUAUGUUCGAUCAGAUACAGAAGAUGAACAACUAGCAUAUGGUUUCACAGAGCUCCCUGAUGCUCCAUAUGACUCAGAUUCUGGAGAAAGUCAAGCCAGCUCUAUUCCUUUUUAUGAGCUAGAAGAUCCCAUAUUACUUUUAAGUUAAUAUGAAAGCAAAAGGCUCUUUCAGUCCAGAUUCCUAAACUAAUUGCUUACACUAAUCAGAAAUACUAACAUGAACUCAGUACUUAAAACCUGGUUUGCAUAGAAGAAAUGCAAAGGUUUACAGAGUUUGUUAUUUUUUUCUACUUCUGGAUUUUAAAAUUUAUUCUUAUAUAGAAAGCUUAAAGUUUCAUGCAGAGUGACUCCUGUCAUAGAAACCUCUGUUACUUUAGUAUUUAGCACUAAGAUAUCAUAGAAAGGUACCUUUUUCCUCUUUUGUGCUCUUGUGAAACAUAAAGCAUAAUUUGAUAUGUAUUUCCCUUUUUUCAACUUCAGUGUUUAAACCAUUGAAAUGAGAAAGAUAUGUAGGAAGCCGUAGAUUGCACUUUUGAUGACUCAUAAAUUAAAUGAGACACAGAUAGAUUGGUUUAGUUGUUUUGUGGUGCACUUAGUUUAAUUCUUUUUUCUAACUACAUUACCUGUUAACAGAAAGCCAUUUUCUGUUGUGUUGUCUGAUGAUCCAUUUCCUGAACUUUUUUGGAAUCGAUAAUUCUUUUUUCACUCAUUUGACAGCAUCAGACAUUGGGGGAGAGGUUCCCUCAAAGUAUGUAUUCCAGUUUCAUUAGUACAGUAAACACCAUUGCCAAAGUAGAAUUUUCAUAUCUUGUUGAUUUGGGCCUUGGUGUUAAGUAUAUUUAACUGUGAGAGUUCAUUUUUAUCUUUUUUAAAUUUAGGGGUCAUUUACAAAAUUUUCUAUUUAAGCAAGGGACAAUAUAAUAAUACUGACCUUAAAGACCUUUACGAAGGGUUUGCACUUGUGAGAGAGUUUAUGUUCUGUCUAGGCCAACCUUGAUCAGGUCCUCACCUUUUUGUUAAGGAGGUGCUGCACUGCAAGUCUGGAAUUACAUAGUAAAAUUUUAAAUUACCUCUGCUGGUAAUCUCAUAAAAUGGUUUUGACCUUUCAGUAUUCUAAUUUCUAAAUACUAGCAGAAAUUUUUCUUUGAAUAUAUAAACCAUUAGUUAACUGUGGGAAUUUUCCCUUUCCACAUUGAUAAAUGCCUUCCUGUGUUUCUGAAUCAGAAGCAAAUGAUUAGGGAGAAAAAUAAGUCCAAACAAGACAAGGUUAGUUUAAAUAGCUAAGAACAUUUAGUCCACAUUGUCUUGUCAGCCAGCAAUUGUCAUGUAAACUAUCAUUUUUAAGAGUGCCACUGUGUGGAUUUUUUUUUUCAAGUGGUUAUUACAUUAAAAUUACCUCAUACUGAGGUUUUUGCACUGAAAUAUCACAGUUUCAGAUUUCAUGGUUAAUGUUGUAUGUAUGUAUGUUUUUAAAAAAAACUUUUUUCAGUAGUUGAUCCUAAAUUUCAUAAACUGCACUUCUUUACUCCGGUAAAACUGAUGUUUUUGUGCUUAUUGUGAAUUGCUGUAGUUAACUUUGAAUGUCAAACUUUAUUUAGAAAUACAAAAUUUACCCUUUAAGAUGUAAGUGGUUGGGUAUGUGUACCCUAUAGUUCAAAUUUAAUUUCACAUAUAAGUAAUAAGAUUGUAAUUAAUCUAAAAAAGUCAAUUGACUAAAUGCAAUUAAUAUUAGUUGCUCAAAUAUGCCAGGAGUAACAUAAAAUUUUUCAUUUACUUUCAACAGCAUAAGCUUCCUUAAUAAUUAGGAUUGACUUUUUUUCCAGCUAAGCACUACAGGUCAUAUCUUGUAGCACUCCCAAAAGAAGAAGAAAACAGGACAACACAAAACUUUGUUUUGAUAGUAACUCUUUUACCACAUCAUACUGCCCAUUUUCUUUCAUUUGGCAAAACACUCUCUUAAGGGCAAAGAAACAAUAUACCUAAUGAAAGUGCUUUGAAAGUAAAUGAAAACAGUGGUUUUGAGAGGUUUGUGUUAAGUAUGACAUUGGAGUCAGCCUUUGUGUCAUAGCUGAAAUGUUGGUGCUAUAAAUUCUGAUUGUUUACAGAUGUUGAUUCUGCUUAUGCUCCAAAGUAUGCACGAUGUAUUUUAAGUAGUACUUUAAAGAAGUCUCUUUAUAAAACCUAAUCCCACUUAGUAGAAAUUUGUUUGGAUUUAUAAAUAUCAUUUGUUUCUGUAAAUUCAGCUUAUUCAAAUUAGGUUGGCACAGGAUUUAAACUCAUACAUAUUCCACCAAAGCCAAUUCGAUGUAUAAGUGUUAAAAUAUCAGCAGUCGUGUGGCUUGGUGCCAGAUGAUAGAUUGAAUGACGAGAAGUUAAUAGAGCCUAAUUCUGUAUGGGCACUCUUGAGAAUGAUUUCAUUUGGUUGUAAAGAAGGGGCCUCCUGUCAUAUUAACAACAGGAUUCUCCAAAAUAAUUUGGUGUUUCAAAAACAAUUGAUCGUUUGGUUAGAUUCUUCAGGAUCAUGACUAGAUCAAAAGUGGUUGAUAUCAUAGUUGCCAAGUAGUAGGAGGUGGCAUACCUGAAAAUGUUUGUGUUUGUUGUAUUUUUUCACAUUUUGUGAACAAAGCACAUUUAUUAAAAAUUUUAAAUUUUCUAAUA